GCGCCGUUCUCCUCGCAUGCAUUCACAACUACUCCAUCCACAUCAUGUCCGCACUUGAGUCACAAGCUCACGCCAACGGCCCAGGCGCAAGUGCUACUUCGCCCGACAAACCACAGCGCAAGCGACGGUUGGAUGUCAACCCCUCCCUCAUCCUCAGUACGGAGGGCCGCAGCAAGCGACGCCGGACGCCUUCCCCGCCGCCAGACGUCAAACCCCAGAUGGAUCCCAAGGACGCCGAGCGCGCCAAGAGCCUCGGUUUGGCGCUGUACAACAAGAUUUCGGGGAUGCGCGAUUCUAGCGGCGAGUCAAUGGCAGAGCCUUUUAUCAAGCUCCCCAACAAGCGACAGUUUCCGGAUUACUAUGAGACCAUCAAGCAUCCGAUGUCGCUUGAGAUCAUCCACCAAAAGCUCAAUGCGGGCUCGUACACCUCGCUCCUCGACGUCUGCAACGACUUUUCCCAAAUGUGGAACAACGCCAAACGAUAUAAUAUGAAGGAGUCGACGCUGUUUCAGUGGGCCAAAAAGAUGCACCAGAUCACGCGGACGUACUACGACUCGCACACAGCUGGGCAGGAUGCGAGCGGUGAGAGCGAUGAUGGGGCCUCCGUCCCACCACCACCUCCCAUCGCUACCCCGGCCCCUGCACCGCGUACGGCCACUUCCGUCUCGGUCUCUGCCGCACCUUCCCCAUCUACAACAGGACCAUCAACACCCAUGGGUGACUCAAGUCACCCGAAGUCAUCAGGGCCUGGGACUGGCAAGAAGCGCGGAAGUUACAUGAAGGACGGGCCAACAGUGUACAAGUUGAUCAAGCCGUGCAUGCGUGACAUCAAGGCGGCAAAGUCGAACGAUGGCCAAGAGCGCGACAUCUCCUCCAUUUUCCUCACGUUGCCAGAUCGGAGGUCGUUCCCCGACUACUACCGGAUGAUCAAGAAUCCUGUGUCGCUCGAUGAUAUCGAGCAACGCAUGAUGAUGCGUCGAUACCACACUUCCGACGAGUUCUUCCUCGAGGUCGAGCGCAUGUGCGACAACGCCAUGCAUUAUAACGAGGACGAAAGCGAAGUGUGGCGUGACGCUAAGCAAAUCCACAGCAUAGUCCAGAAUCAUCGGACUCUUGUGAAGGACCGGUUGGCACAGAUCAGGAGCGGCGCGCCAGUCGCGAAAUUUCCCCCCAAGAUUGUGACACCCAUCCGCCACGGCGCGCACCAGUCUAUUCCCGCGGCAGCGCAGGCGAUCGGUCUGCCACAGCCGAUGUCGCAUGGGAUGCACGCUCCCAUCGGCUUCGCGUCACAUCCCCCCUACCCCAACGCCGCGUAUCCCCCGCACCCGCAGCAGCCCGCCCCGACUGCGCCGUCCUCUUAUCUCUCACCACUGCCCAUUGGCGUGGUCACAGAAGAGGUCGUCGCGACAUUAGACCGUUACCCUUCUUACGAGCAGCAAGCGUGGAUGUCGUCUCUGCCGCCGCUUGCUCUCAACAUUUUCCGCCAGAUGAAGGAAGCCAACGAAGCGCGGAAACGCGGUGUGCCUGCGCCCGUAGUCGAGCCGCGCUCUGCACCUCCGCCCGACCCCGGACCGCUUUCGCCCACGAUCAAGGUCAUCGACUUUGCGUACUCGGACUCGGCGCCCCCGAGCGCCAGCGGAACGCCGGUGCCGCGCGACCCGCUGAGCGCGAUCCGUCUCCGCAACAUGCGUGGCGUGGCCACGCACGCCGUCGCCAUCGCGUCCGCCACGACCGAGCUCGAGCUCACGGCGUGGGUGGACGACCCCGCCGACGGCAAGCCGGAGGUGACGCUCCGCGUUAACGGUGCGGCUGCCGAUACGCCCAAACCCUUGUAUAUCGGCAGCAACAAGGCGAAGGAGGGCAAAGACGAGGUGCCCGCCGGCCUGCGGUGGACGGUGCCCAUCUCGCCGGCCCGGUUGGAAUUCAAGAUCGAGGUCGUCGCGACAAAGCCGGGGGCUGGACCCGAGACGAGCUCCAUCUUCAUCAACCGCCAGUAUUAGGCGAGGAGCGAGAGACACAGAUGACGAGUUGUUAAACAUGGUGUAGAUAUGCUGUAUAACAGUGCAUGAUAAUCACAUAAUCAAUAGACACAUUUGGCAUGUCAUUGUGGUGUGCUAUGAAUGUGGUCAAGCAAGGGUUCA